ACGUCAUUUCCUCUGCUCCUCAGUAGGAAAGUGGACCUGAAUGCUGUAAGCUAGUGGUUGAGGUUAGAUAGUAUUGAGGCUCCUCCAGCGCUGAAGGCUGUUGUGGAAAGGUGACAGCGGCGCGGGUUCCGCCGGUGACUGGCGUUUUUGUAAACCCGUUCGAGUUUCUUGUCGUUCCCCUCCUACGUCCCCACGUUGUGCUGGUACGGUGGCCGAGGAGGCUGGUGUACGACGGAAGUAGUGGACGGGUGGGUGUGCGCGGCGGGGCCAGAGGUGCACGUGGCGUGGGUGAGUUGAGGUAUAGUAAGCAUGUCUUUUCGAGGCGGAGGUCGUGGAGGCUUUAAUCGAGGUGGGGGCUUCAAUCGCGGCGGCAGCAACAACCACUUCCGAGGUGGAGGCGGUAAUUUCAGAGGUGGUGGUGGCGGCAGAGGAGGAUUUGGACGAGGAGGUGGCCGCGGAGGCUUUAACAAAGGCCAAGACCAAGGACCUCCGGAACACGUAGUUUUAUUAGGAGAGUUCCUGCAUCCCUGUGAAGAUGACAUAGUUUGUAAAUGUACUACAGACGAAAAUAAGGUGCCUUAUUUCAAUGCUCCAGUUUAUUUAGAGAACAAAGAACAAAUUGGUAAAGUGGAUGAAAUAUUUGGACAACUUAGAGAUUUUUAUUUUUCUGUUAAAUUGUCAGAAAAUAUGAAGGCAUCUUCGUUUAAAAAACUGCAGAAGUUUUAUAUAGACCCAUAUAAACUGCUACCACUGCAGAGGUUUUUACCUCGGCCUCCCGGUGAGAAGGGACCUCCAAGAGGUGGUGGCAGGGGAGGUCGAGGAGGAGGAAGAGGCGGAGGUGGCAGAGGUGGCAGAGGUGGUGGUUUCAGAGGAGGAAGAGGAGGUGGAGGUUUCAGAGGAGGAAGAGGAGGUGGAGGUUUCAGAGGAAGAGGACAUUAAGUGUAACAUUAACAGAGAAACUUCCUGCAUGAUCUACUUCUAUGGAUCAGAAACUUGUUUCCUGAGCAAGUUUUGAAGAACUGGUCCUCUUACGACAGUGGAACUGAAAUGUCAACACCAUGCAAAAAUGAGUGCAGCAGAAUAAGCAGUUUUGCUCUAAAAGAGUAUGAGCAAGUAUUUUCAUGUUUUGUACAAUGCUUGGAACUCUGGGUGCUUAAUAAAUGGACAGUUUUCAUUUGAAGCAUACUUGUAAUUUUUAAAAUAAAGUGUUUUAUUUCUUUAAGUUA